AUCUACCUCGCCCUACUUCCCCGCCCUCCCGGCAGCCUGCUAGCCGCCUCCAGCAGAGGCUCCGGAGAGCAGUUCGGCGGCCUGGGCAGGGCAGCCGAAGCCAUGGAAGCCUCGGCAGGUUGCUGAUCAGGGCCAGCUGCAGCGGCGACUGCAGAGGCGCUGCGCCAAGCGGGGCCGGAGUGGUGUGACCGGCAGGGCUGCGGAGCAAGUGGACUCAGUCCAGGGGUGUCCUGUCGAAGGGUGAGAGGAGAAGCCAUGCCAGGCGGCGGCCCCAACGAGAGGAUGACGUGGCCCGGCCCAGCCCUCCCCACGGCCUCCCCAACGCGCCCUCUCUCCUCAGCCCCGGGGACACCAACCAUCCCGCCCCUCACCCGGACCCGCAGCCUCAUGGCCAUGUCCCUGCCGGGCAGUAGACGGGCCUCUGCUGGAUCCCGCAGUGGGGGCCCUUUGGGCCGCAGCGGCCUGGCGGUGUUUGCCCAGUGUCCGCAGCUGCCCACCAGCCAGAACGAGCCCCUGCCCCUUCUCCCUGCCUCCAGGCGCACCUCUCCCCCUGUGAGCAUGCGGGAUGCCUACGGCACCUCUUCUCUCAGCAGCAGCAGCAACUCGGGCUCCUGCAAGGGCAGUGACAGCAGCCCCACCCCCAGGCGCUCCAUGAAGUACACACUGUGCAGUGACAACCAUGGCAUCAAGCCCCCAACUCCUGAGCAGUACCUGACCCCACUGCAGCAGAAGGAGGUGUGCAUCCGUCACUUGAAGGCCCGGCUGAAGGACACACAGGACCGGCUCCAGGACCG